AUGUCCGCUUCUAAAGAUCAAAUUUUCGACACUGUUCUCGACGCCAUUGGAAACACUCCUAUGGUUCGUUUGAAUCGCGUUCCAAAGAACCAUGGUUUGGAAUGUGAAGUUUUGGUCAAGUGUGAGUUUUUCAAUGCUGGCGGUUCUGUUAAAGACAGAAUUGGCAAGCGAAUGCUUUUGGAGGCUGAAAAGAGUGGUCGUAUCAAGCCAGGUGACACUCUCAUUGAACCAACAUCAGGUAAUACUGGUAUUGGUCUCGCAUUGACUGCAGCUGUGAAAGGAUACAAGAUGAUUAUCACAUUGCCAGAGAAAAUGUCCCAAGAAAAGGUCUCUGUUUUGAAAGGUUUAGGUGCAGAAAUUAUUAGAACCCCAACUGAGGCUGAUUGGAACUCACCAGAGUCGCAUAUUGGUGUUGCAGCUCGUUUGAAGCAAGAAAUUGGUGACACUGCACACAUUUUGGAUCAAUACAAGAAUCAAGACAAUCCAUUGGCUCACUAUGAAGGUACUGCCGAGGAAAUUAUUAGACAAACUGGUGGUAAAAUUGAUGUGAUUGUCAUGGGUGUAGGAACUGGUGGUACUGCCAGUGGUGUUGCAAAGAAGCUUAAGGAAAAAAUUCCAGGUAUUAUUGUUGUGGGUGCUGAUCCAGUUGGUUCAUUGUUGGCCGAUCCAGAACAUGAUAAGGUUGGAACUUACCAAGUCGAAGGUAUUGGAUACGAUUUUGUUCCUGAUGUUUUGGAUAGAAGUUUGAUUGACAUGUGGGUCAAGACUGAAGAUAAACCAUCAUUCACAAUGGCUCGAGAAUUAAUUAGAGAAGAAGGUCUCUUGUGCGGAGGUUCAUCAGGCACUGCCAUGUAUGCUGCUGUUGAAGCUGCUAAAAAGCUUGGAUUAGGUCCUGAUAAGAGAGUAGUUGUCUUGUUGCCAGACUCUAUUCGUAACUAUUUGAGCAAGUUCUUGAAUGAUGAUUGGAUGAUUCAACGUCAAUUCAUGGAAGGUGAUCCAAUUGCCAGCAGAGAACGUGAAAUGGAACAAUUGAAGAAGAGAAUGGAGGUCUUGGAGAAGGAAAUUGCUCAAUUGAAGAAUGCCAACAAUAGUCAGAACUAA